ACAUUUUUCUUGCCUCCUUCUGGCAACCUGGCAUGGCUCCUUGCAGUGAGCAAUGAUACACUUGGAAGCCUUCGUACACCCAAAGCCCAAAGGAACGACCGCCUCAACUUGCCUUCUUCCCAUAACAACAUGAGAUGGUGCUGCUAAGGUGAUAUUGACUUGCUUGCAGGCUGGAAGACACCACCUUGCCAGAAGAGUUUGCAUUCCCUCCUUUUUUCCCCCUUGCAAACAAAUUGCUCAGAUGGAUGAGGGACGGUGGUGACACCAUGUAGAAGGUGCUGACGGGGUGUCCUAACUGAGUUGCAAUGGUUUUAUACACUUCCCCAUUUCCCAACGGCUUUCUAUCCGCACUGCACUCUUUCUCCUGGGGCUUAAUCUUCCCAUGUUACUGGAUCGGAGACCGGCUUGUGGGCUCUUUUGUGCCGACCACGUAUGAGAAGCGCCAACGGGGAGAUGACCCAUGCUACUUCCAUGCUCUGUGCAUCAUCAUCACCACUCCCAUCUACCUAGCCCUCUUGGCGGUUUCGCUUCCUUUCGCCCUCAUCGGCUUCCUGUUAUGGUCCCCUCUCCAGUCAGUGAGACGACCUUAUGUCUACUCCAGGGUGCAGGACAAAAGCCACAUCCACGGCGGUACGUUGCUCACGGAGUGGAAGGCCUCCAGCAAUGGGAAGAGCUUUUGCUUCGGCUCCGCGAAUGUCUGCUUGCUCCCGGACUCCUUGGCCCGGCUCAACAAUGUGUUCAACACACAGGCGCGAGCGAAGGAAGUCGGCCGGCGGAUCCGAAAUGGUGCCAGCAGGCCUCAGAUCAAAAUCUACAUAGAUUCCCCCACCAACACGUCCAUCAGCGCCGCGAGCUUCAGCAGCUUGGUGUCGCCUCAGGGUGGAGAAAGCAAUAACCGGGCCGUCAAUGCGGGCCUCAAGAGGACAACGUCUAUGGAGUACAAGGGGGAUAACUCUGGUUCAAACAACAGCGAAGACAACAAAGAUGGCAAAGCUGGAGGAGAGGCCAACGAGGGAGAAGAUGGCAACACUUGCAUUGUCCGAAUUGGUGGAGAGGAUAACGGCCACAUUUCAGACCCAGAGGCGGACGGGUUGGGUGGCCAGGUGAAUAAUAACAGGGGGCCAAUGGACCGUUCCCCAGAAGCUGAGGCUGAAAGCUUGAAAGGUCAGACACCCAACCAUAAGCAGAAGGAAGGGGACUCUGGAAGUUUGGAUAGCUACACCGCUUCUCGAGAGUCCCUGGUGAAGGCGCGCACUGGAGAUGGCCCGGUGGACCAAAGCACCAUCAACAGCAAACUCCUCUACAAGGCCUCGCUCAUGAAGAAGACCUCGGUGAGGAAAAAGAGGAACACCGACGAGCCCUUUGACCACGAGAUCUCUGCUUUCUUCCCUGCCAACUUGGACUUCCUGUGCCUCCAGGAAGUGUUUGACAAAAGGGCGGCGGAGAAGUUGAAAGACCAGCUCCACCAUUACUUUGAAUACAUUCUGUACGAUGUUGGAGUCUACAGCUGCCAUGGCCACUGUACAUUUAAGUUUGUGAACAGUGGCCUGCUUUUUGCCAGCCGUUAUCCAGUCAUGGAUGCUGCCUAUCACUGUUAUCCCAAUGGGAAAGGAACGGACUCCCUGUCUUCGAAGGGGGCCCUGUUUCUCAAGGUGCAAGUGGGAAGUACACCUCAGGACCAAAGAAUUGUGGGAUACAUUUCCUGCACUCACUUGCAAGCCCUGGCAGGGGACACGACUGUCCGAUGUGAACAACUGGACUUGCUUCAGGAUUGGCUGGCUGAUUUCCGAAAAUCUACCUCCUCCUCCAGCACAGCCAACCCAGAGGAGCUGGUGGCGUUCGAUGUACUCUGCGGAGAUCUCAACUUUGAUAAUUGCUCAUCAGAUGACAAGCUGGAGCAGCAACAUUCCUUGUUUACACGCUACAAGGAUCCGUGCCGCGUUGGUCCAGGGGAGGACAAGCCAUGGGCAAUUGGUACCUUGUUAGAUCCAGAGGGACUCUAUGAUGAGGAAGUGUGCACUCCAGACAACCUACAAAAGACGAUGGAGAGCGAAGACGGGAGGAAAGCUUUCCUCAUCUUUCCGACCAGCAAGAGCCAUGCCUCGAGCCAAAAGGGGAGGAAGGGGGCUCUGAAGGGCAAUGGGAGGCGUAUCGACUACAUGCUUUACGCCGAAGAAGGACUCUAUCUCGAGUGGAAAGUGGAAGUUGAAGAGUUCAGUUUCAUCACGCAGUUGGCGGGACUCACCGACCACCUGCCCGUCGCCAUGCGCCUGAUGGUUUCAAUGGGAGAAGAGGACUCUUAAAGAUGGACUCUGGGUUUUCUUUUUCCCUGAGGGUUUAGAAGAGGGAACUUCCAAACUUGUGACCCAGACGCAGGAAGACAAAAAAGAAGAA